AUGAAGGCCAUCAAUAUGCUUCUCCUGCUGGCCGGCAUCUUUCUGAUGAUGCUUGGCGUCCAGUACGACGAGCGCGAGGGCGAGCGUCGCGACCAGCUCCCUCUUGGCUGGUUCGGCGGCGUUUUCUUCCGCGGUGUCGGCGCUGAGACCGUCAGAGUUCCCUACGACCAUCGCUUUGCUUCUCCUGAGGCUUCUGCCGUUACCCAGAUCUCCGCCAACCAGACCUAUAUGGACGAUUAUUUCAAGAUGGCUGGCGACAAUAUCUAUGCCGUUCCUGGCUCCAUGGACAUUUGCCCAAUCGAUUCCUUCGACGACUUCAAGCACACCAUCGAGAACAAGCUUUCGGGCAUCAAGGAGGGUGUCGAGCGUGAUAUCAAGGCCAUUGUGUCUGCCGCCAGCGACCAUGCUCACAGCUUCGGCAAGAAUGCAUUCUCCUACCUGGUUCGCAUCGUCUCAUUGGGCCUCUACUCUGUCGAUGACCUUGAGGCCAUCGUCACCGCGGAUCCUUGCGAAACCCACCAUGAUGACGACCCCGCCUUCGUCCCCAUUAUCGAAACUCUGGGAGACCUCAUUGUUGAAUAUGUCAUCGAGCUCAAGACUGGAAUCCACAACUCCUUUGCGUCCCUCCACUACUGGGUUAUCACUCGCUCCACCAACUUCAUCUACCUGUCCUUCAUGAGCGCUGGCUUGACUGUCAUGGCGGCUCCCGGCCUCGUGUCUGGACCAGUCUUGUGUGUCAUCGCCUGGGGCAUGCCUGAGUUCGUUGAGUGGCUUACUGCUCUGAUCAUGCACAUGUUCGACGAAGUGUUCGCCGUCGGUAUCAUCCGCCUCUGCGAGAGCGCCUUUGCCGGUGGCCUGGGUCUUGAAGCUUUCAACUACCUGAUCAAAGUCGGUGGUCUCGUCGCCGUCCUCUGCUCGUUCGCCGGUCUUGUGGCUGGCUUGACCAAGUAG